AUGCAAUAAUAGAAAUAUAUUAAGCCUUUCCCUGCUUUUAAUACAUUCAUAAAUGUCUUAAUGGCUUCUGGACCUAUUUUAUUACCAAUCAGCUCUGUAAAAGUUGGUUAUGGUUACACUUCCAUAUCGCUUUCUAUAUGUUGUCUUAUAAGUAUAAUAGCAUGUGAUUUCAUUGUUGAGGUAGUUUAAUAAUCUGUAAUUAAUAUAGGCUCUAUAUUUAGCAGAUCAAAUUGAUAAAGACACAAAUUUAAUUGAUAGAUUGAAUAUUUAGGCAAGUCACACAGUUUCUGAUUCGACUGAAGAAAUUUCAUCUUAACCAGUAUAAUCAAAAUAUGCUUUAUAAAGCCAAUUCGAAUAUGGAUCAAUGGCUAAAUUGUUUUAUGGCAAAUGGGCUGAAUAUUUAACUGUAUCUAUUAUUGUGAUAUACCUAUAUGGUGCAGUUGUCGCAAAAGGAGUUAUGGUUGGAAAUUCUUUAUCGUAAUCAUUUAUAUAUCAUAUUUACAAUAGUGAAGUUUUCUAAAAUAUCACCCUAGUUGAAUAAUAUUGGUUUUGGAUUAUAAUAUUCUUUGCUCUUUGUGGAAUUUUAUCCUUUAAAGAUGUAGCUAGUAUUCAAAUAGUAUAAUCGACUGUUGCUUUUGCUCGUUAUUUAACAAUCCUUGCCAUGCUUGGAGGGUCUAUUCAAUAUAUGAUAUAGGAAGAAGGAACAUAAAUCUAAGAGAUGCAAUGGUUCAAUAUUGAUGCAUUGCCAUAAAUGAUAUCAACAGCAAUAUUUGCAUUCUUGAUGCAUCAUUCAUCACCUGGUAUGUUAAGACCAGUAAGACCUACCUCAGCUAUCAGAAAGAUCAUCUUUAUUAGCUUUGCUUUUGGAUUAUUUACAUUUCUGUUUGUAUGUUUGACUGCCACAUUAGCAUUUCCUAAAGAAGACUUUGCAGAUGCUAGUUUUUAUAAUAAACUCUUUAAUUAGAAAUAGUUAAAAUGGGCAUAUUAUAUAAUUAGCUUUUAUAUGUUUCUAAAUAUAGCUGCACUUCCUGUAUUAACUAUUACUAUACGUAAAAAUCUUAUGAAAUUGGUUGCUCCUCAUCUUAUUCCAAAAGAUAAUUUACAAAUUACUUUACCAACAGCUUUAUUCACACUACUUAUUAUUUUACCUUGUGCAACUCUUGCCAUAUGUAAUUCAUUUUCAUUUAUUCAAAAGUGCUAAAAAAAUAAAUUGAAAUGAUUGUAGGUAUAACAGGAGGAGUAUGUGGAGUAUUCAUUUUACUCACUAUCCCAGCAGCCUUAGUAUUACAAGGUCGUAAAAUACAUAAAGUCAAAUACAUAGAUAAUCCCUACAUAUCAAAAUUCUAACAUCCAUUCUGGAUUUGGAUAUUGAUUGUACUUGGUUGUGUAUUUGUGCCAUACAAUCUAUACAUGUAAAUCAAAAAAAUUAUAUGA